CUGCGAGGAAUCGGAGGCGGAAUUGAGUUGCGAAGCCGGAAUUGCGUUGCGUGCGUGUGUGCGUAUGUGUGGGAAUCUCCAGUUUUCCGGAGUUAUUGUAAUUGUUGAAGACUUCUAGAAAAUAGGAAACGGAAGGUGCUAUCAGUGAUAUGAAAUAAGAUGUUGCACCGGAUUGAGCAAAUGUUGUGAUUUAUGGACAAGUGGAGAAGAUGAACACUCACGUGUGGAUAUUCUUGUUGUACUUUUUUUCCUUGGAUAUAGCCGUAGGCAGAACGAGACCCAUCCGUAACAUCUACAGCCAGAAGUGUUCCGCCAGAUUGGAAUCCGCCCUGGAUACCACCUUGAAGAGAAGCCAACAGCGAUCGGGAACUGGAUCGCUGAUAGACUUCUCCAGCGCGGGAUCCCAACAGCAGUCGCUGUACAAUCGAUCUCCCUACAACAACUACGACGAAGACAUCGAACAGAUCGUGUCCGACUAUAAGCAGAGGCACAACGGUAAGAAAGAACUGGCCAGUUCGUUCUUCCCGCCAUCGGGGCUAUCCGCGUCUUCCCAGGUGAAGGUGGCAAAUUUGCGGGUGCGAAUACCACAAAAUCUCCACUGGGUUGUGGUGGAUCGGUGUCAUUUUAUCGAACAGAAUAGAACGCUGGAUACGAAGCUGGAGUUUCCGGAUCUGCAGAUCAGCGGAAGGGUGAUAAUGCAUCCCUCAGGAGGGCGUUGCGAUAUGAUUUUACGAUUGAGAAGAGCAGGGAUCGAAUUUAGAACCAUCCCAUUGCUUCACAGCGGCGGAACGGGUGAAAGAAGCAGACAGGCCAAUGUGCGAACGGAUUCACAUUUCUCCGAACCAGGGUUCAUAUCGGUUUUUGCGCACAGCUGCGAAGGUCCCACCGGAAUCAAGUAUCGAAUCAAUUCGAAGAGAAGGCAUUUUAUUAGUAAGCAUCAGACGAACUACGAUGGGUUCUACAAUAAAGAAUAUACAAACGAGUUUCAACGCAACAUGGAACACAAGCGGUCGUUAAACCUGGAUGGGAAUGACGGUUUAACAGAAAAGGACAUAUUCAAACUGACGGAUGGAGAUUCCCUCUUCCUAUCACCCUCCUCGCUGGUCGAUGUGAUGAAUGAGGAUCCCUCGGCGACUACCGGGACGAGCAGCUUUGGGACGGUGGAUGAGCACAGCAGAACGCUUCACUCGAUUCGGAAUCCGUUUUCCUACAACGCCUAUGCUGGCAAUGGCGCUGGAUGGCAAACGGUGGAAAGCAACGAUGCACUGGAUGAGGCGUACUCCAACGAGAUCGAUAAUCUGUUCUCCAAGGGGGUACGGGGACUGUUGACGACCUACAUGCAAAAAGCACUGCAGCCGGCGAUCAAGGAAACGUUGAUGGAGAGCAUGGGUUACACACUGUCGUACGGUUAGUAGGGUAGUAUGAUUGGGGGUAUGGAGAGGCGGAA